AUGAUUCAAAAUGGUGGCACUGUAUCCCAAGGUUCUGUCUUGUGUUAUGCUUGUCAAAUUCCUGCUAAGUUUGCUGUUUCAAGUAUCCGAAGUUUCUGGGGACAUAGUUUGGAAAAUAAGCCAAGAGGAAUGACAUUCUCCGACAUGUCUGCCACAUCAAGCCUACUUUUAAGCGGGGGUCAGAAUCUUCUGUCUCGGACUAUCCCCAUGUUACCUACGCUCCACAAGUCUUCUACCACCACUCGGGCAACAAAGGAUUCCUCAUCUGCCGGCUUUCGGUACCCUCCGAUGACAAAAAAACCAAGAUGGUGGUGGAGAACACUAUCAUGCAUCCCUUACCUCUUACCUUUCCAUCAGGUAUGGAUGUAUGCUCAGACAGCAUACAAUCUCCACCCGUUUCUCGAGAUAUUCGAAUUCUAUACAUACCCUUUUCUCAUGGCAAUCGGAAGUCUACCUAGAUGGUCGCUCAUAGCAUACUUCUUAAUUGCAUAUCUUACAAUUGUGAGGAGAAAAGAAUGGCCUCAUUUCUUCCGAUUCCAUGUCGCCGUUGGAAUGUUAAUCGAGAUCGCCCUGCAAGUUACCGGGAUUGUAAGCCGAUGGAUGCCACCUUCGUUCUAUUGGGGUCAACUUGGAAUGCAUUUCUGGACUACUGCAUUUUUUCUUUUUCUCUUUACUACCGUAGAGUGCAUUAGGUGCGCCCUUGUUGGUAUGUAUGCCGAUAUCCCUUUUGUCUGUGAUGCCGCAUACAUCCAAAUACCAUAUGAGUAA